GCGACACACACCACACAUACACAUUUUCAAAUCUAGCUUGUUCGCUAAGCUCAAGCUAGCUGAGCUGAUCUGAGAAACGAUCGCUUCUUCAGUUUCAGCUUCAUCGCUAGCUCGCUACACAGAUCGACCUCUUAUUUAGCUUGUUCCUCCAAGGACCGAGAUCGGUUGUUGUUGAUAAACCAGCCAUGGUUGCGGUUGCGGAGGCAGCGGUGACGACGACCAUGACGACGACGGGCGGGCGGUACGCGCUGCUGAUGGCGGCGCACGACUCGGAGUACGUGCUCAACAAGUACGGCGGGUACCUCCACGUCUUCGUGGCGGCCUUCGGCGACGCCGGCGAGACGUGGGACCUGUAUCGGGCCAUCGACAGCGAGCUCCCUGGCCCCGGUGAGCUUGAGGCCUACGACGGGUUCGUGAUCAGCGGCAGCCCCCACGACGCGUACGCCGACGAGCUGUGGAUCCUGCGGCUGUGCCUCCUGGUGCGGGCGUUGCACGGCAUGCGCAAGCGGGUCCUCGGCGUCUGCUUCGGCCACCAGGUGAUCUGCCGCGCGCUGGGGGGCCGCGUGGGCAAGGCCCGCGCCGGCUGGGACGUUGGCGUCAGGGAGGUGGCCAUCGCCGAGGCGCCGCCGCGCAGGUUCCUCGACGCGCUGCGGGAGCGGGACCAGCUGCCGCUCCGCGCCAGGAUCACCGAGGUCCAUCAGGACGAGGUGUGGGAGGUGCCGGAGGGCGCGGAGGUUCUGGCCUCCUCCGACAAGACCGGUGUCGAGAUGUUCUGCGUCGGCGAGCACGUGCUGGGCAUCCAGGGGCACCCGGAGUACACCAAGGACAUCUUCCUCAGCCUCGUCGACCGCCUCCUCGCCGCGGGAUCCAUCACCAUUCCCUUUGCUGAGGCCGUGAACAGGCAGCUGGAGACCACUGCGCCGGACCGGGAGUUCUGGCUCAUGCUCUGCAAGAGCUUCCUCAAGGCUCGUGAAGAAUAAGAGUAUUAAUUAGAGUUUGCACACUGUGAUGUCAUUGUCACUUACCAUUAAAACGGUUGUAAAUCUUCUAUCACUUCAACAAAUAAACCUCCCUCGAGUCAAAUACUUGACCAUCUUCUUCAAAUGAGAGAAAAAAAAUGGAAGACCACUUUCA